AUAAACCAAUAACAUUGGCAAAAUGAUUUCGGUGGCGGAUAUUAAAAGAUUGGAAAACCAAUGUUUGGAAAGACUUCAAAGUGAUGAGUUGUAUCAGUUGCGCAACGAUGCCAAACUAAGGGCUGUGUACAGCUCCAAGAACUACGACGAAUUCAAGGACAUCGUCGAUGCUGCUCAUUUGGGUGCUCUUACUGCGCAGGACAAGCGAAACGCACAAACUAAGCAUCGGCUUUGGAAUAGCGUUACUAAGAACUAGGAGCUUCAACAAUGUUUCACUUUGUUAACUACAAGUUUUAUUAUUAUGAUGACCACUUCUCAUGAAUACUGAUGAUCACCGUUUGUCAAGCCUUCAUAUUAAGGAUAAUCCAAACCAUAUAGCUACCAACUCGAGCAUAAACAGCUGGGAAAUUAACUGCACCGCAGCUAUCGAUUCCAUACGAAACGACUCCAAAUUGGACGAAUCGCGUUCGGCCUAGAUAAUCUACCGGCCACAUCAGCGGACCACCGGAGUCACCCUGGCAGCUAUCCACUAAAUUAACACCUCCUGCACAAAGUUGUUUUGGA